AUGUUAUUUAUAUUAUUCAUAAUCUAAUCAAUAAAUGCUUAGAAAUGUGAGACAACUGAUCAAUUUUAUAAUCCAUUAUCAUCAAAAUGUGAAACAUGCCCAACAGGAACAGGCUUAAUAAAUAAUUAAGUAAAAUUGAAAAUUUGAAUUAUAUUUAUUAGUGUAUUUGUGAUUCUACAAUAAAUGGAGUACCUAUAAAUUAAGUUUGUGCAGCAGAAACUAAUUUAUGUAUAUCUGAUACAGGAUCUUGGUAAAGUUCAGCUUGUUAGUGUUCUGGUCAUGCAAUUUCUCUACCAACUAAUAUUUGCUAAUAAUGUCCUAAUAAUUUGAUUAAUGUAUAAGGGAAAUGUUCUUGUUCAGGAUCUACAACAUCUAGUGAUAAUUAUUGUGUUACUUAAUAUUUGAAUGUUUUUUAGGAUGAUAUUGCUUAAAUCAUAGGACCAAAAGCAUAUGAUGGAUGCAUUAUAUAUAAUGAUAUGGUCUCCUGUUAAUAAUUAGCAAAUUUAUUCAUUUUAAAAAGAUCAACAUUAAGCACAGAAAGGGAUUUCAAUUAUUUAUACAAUGCAGUUUUAACAUCAUAAAAUAAAAAAAAUAUGCCAAAAAUUAUUCAUGAAGUUUCAACCACUGUUACAUCAGUAACUUUAAUUGAGGAUACUCCUCUUCAAAUGUAAGUUAAUUUCAAAGAAGACAGAACUAGCAGUCUUAACAAACUCUAAUUUUAUGUUAUUGAAUACUAUAUCGAUGGAAGUGUAAGCGAAUUAAAACCUCUUCAAAAUUAAUUCUAAUUAUGCAGUUCCAGUUAUGGUGAUACUGAUUUAGCCUCUCAUUUUGGAGUUUCUUACAGAAAUGAGUAAAAUUAUAUAUAUUAUCUUAAGUUGUAACUUAGAUUUUACAAAGUAUUUAGAAAAUAACUAUAAAACAGUAUUUUAUUCAAUUUGGAUAAAAGAUAUUGAUGGAAGUUUCAUCUAGAUCCCUAUUAAAAUUGCAGGUUAUGAUGGAAAUGGAAGUGGAGAAGCUGAAACUGAUUAUGGAUAUGCCAAUACUAAAUUUUUAUGGAGAUUUUUUAUGGUUGAUAAUUUGAAAAGCCCAUCAGAAAUCAUUUAUGCAUAAACUAUCAGAUUAAUUAGUUAUUUGUCUACAAAAGAAGAGGAUAAAACAUUUCUACCAUAUUUUUAUGUAAUUUAUAGCGAUCCUAUUACAAUCACAAAUAUUUAAACUGAAAAAUAUUAUCCUGUUUUUUAUCGUCAUAAUUACUAUUAAGCUUAAACAAGUUUUUACACUGUUGCCACAGCCCUUUUAAUUGUUGCACAUGUAUUAAUAAUAAUAAUAUGGUUUAUCCGAAUAUAUAUAUGGAGCAAGAGAAAUCCUUCUUAUACAGGUUAAAAUGAUUGGUGUAUGUAUUUAACAAUUAAAUCUUUUUAUGUUUUAUUAGAUACUUGGGCAGAAGUAAUUUUUUAUUAUUUGGCAAUUUUUACAGGAUAUUUGUUUUGUUUUUAUAAAUUUCAACAAACUAUUUAUAUAUUGAUGCCUCCACUUUCAGAUUAUGAGAACAAUUAUAGACCUUUUGAAAUAUUAUUUUUUAUGAUGUUUGCAUGUAGAUUGAUAUCAAUGUUUAAUUUAAUUUUAAGAUAAGCUGAUGUUCAAGUGUUCUUUGUAGAUUGGGAAAAAUCUGAAGUAUUGAGACCAAGAGAAUUAGCAGAUAAAUUAGAUAAUAAUGUAUUAAAAAUGGUGGAAUCAGCAUAAACAAAAUAAAGUGCUUGGAGAAUGAUUUUAAUAGCAAAUGAAUUUAAUGAACUAUAAGUAUAUAGAAUAGUAAGUGUUGAAUGGACUUUAUUAUUUGUGGGAUUCUUUUUGGAAGGAUUGAAAUGGAUAAAUUUAGAUUAAGAACAACCAAAUUUAAAAUUGGAAAGAAUAAUACCAAAGAAUUAUGUUAUUUAAUAUUUUUUAUGUGCAUUCCUCUAUAUGACAAUUGGUUUAGCUUAAAUUAGUAUAAAAUAAUAAAAUAUAUAUAGUUAUAUAAAAACUGUUUGAUAUAUGGUUUCCAAUAUUAGUAGAAGAUUUUGUUGAUUUGUGUGCAAUAUCAAAUGUAUCAAUAUUAAUAUUGGAUGAUGUUUUACAUGGAUAUUAUAUUCAUGGUGAGAAUCCAGUUGGUUAUGCUGAAGGUUCAAGUGAACAUUUAGCAAAUUGUUUACAUUAUGAAGCAUUAGGUAAAGGAAAAAAGAGAGGAUUUAUUUAAGAAUCUUCAUAAUAACAUUAAGAUGAUGUAGAUCUUUAAACCUUUGAAUUAUUUUUACCUAUGAGAUUUAGAGAUGCUUAUGAAAAAGUUUAUAAUUAAGAACUCAAAUAAAAAACUGAUAAUGCUUAAUAUUAAAAUUACAAUGAAAUGUAAUUUUAGUAUUAUUAUUUUUAGUCGAAUUUUAAGAUAAGGUGUUCCUGAUGGUUUAGAUAUGGCUUUAGUUUAAACUAUUAAAGAUACAUUCUCUUUUUAUUUAAAGGAUGUUUUAACUUAAGUAUUUUAUAUUUAGAUUUUUAGGUCAGAACAAACUUUUCUAAGUGUGUUAGAGAUAAACUACCUGUUUAAAGAUUUUUUGAUUAUCCACCUGCAGAUUUAGAAGAAAAUUAUUUCAAAGAUUAAAGUAUGCCAGUUUUCUUUAGAGAUCCAGAUUAAUCAUUUAAAACUAUGUUCUUUUGUGGACAUGAAUAUUUCUUCUUAAUUACAGAUACUAUGAUCUUUAACUUUUGGAUGAUUCUAACUGAUAAUACAUACCUUUCAUUGAUGUUAACAUAUUUAAUUUCUGCUGGAAUAUUUAAUUUCCGUUAAUGGGUAGGUGAACGUAAUUUAGCUGAUCAAUCUAAAAUUGAUUCAAGAUUUUUAAUAUGA